AUGAGCUCAAUAAAUAAUGGUUACACUCUCCCCAAUACAUCUACCUCUACUACAUCGAAAUCCAACUCCGCAGCAUCUUUCGAAAAAUUAUACACACUCUUAAUUGAAAAUCCAACAGAAAUAACAUCCAUAGAUGAAAAACUAUCGUUGUUAACACAGUUUAAAGGUCAUGUGAAAAAAGAAUUGGUCAACAUACCUUCUAUACCAUCUUAUUUCAAAACUUUAUUAGAACUGCCAAAACUUUACCCAAACGUGAUUAACCUAAUAACAUUAUCACAUUCCUCAUUAUGUUAUUUAAUUAAAAGAGUCGCUGUUCAAUCUCCAUCUAAUUUUAAUAGAUUAACCGUUGACAAAUUAAUAAAUUAUUUCAUUGUGGAGUUACCAAAUAUCAUUAUAAAUAACAAUAAUAAUUCAUUGGAGCAAAAGUUUUGGUUAUUAUCAAUAAAAUCUUUAGAAACAAUAUAUUUAGUGACUCCUUUGUUUUUGGAAGAUCGUUUACAAAAAUUAUUGACAAAUUAUCAUGAUAAUGAUAAAUCAAUAUCUUCAUCUCCUAUUGGUGCUUUCAUUAAUUCAGACAAUAUAAAACUAAUACUUUUAACUAUCGAUGAAUUAAUUAAGAUAAAUUUGAAAAAUAAUAAAAACCCAAUCUUCACUUUACAAAUAUUUAUUCCAUAUUUUGUUAAAAUACUGAAUGUAAAUAAUAACAGAGAUAUUAGAACAAUUGCUGAACUAAUAAACGAUAUUUUGAAGAAAUAUUUAAAUGAUUCCUUAAUUUACGAUUUUGCCCAUCAAAUUUCUGAUAAUAAUGAAGAGAUUAAAUCCAUUUUCAUAAGGGAAAAGCUUAAUAUCAAUGAAAAAAUUAUUCCAAGUUCGAAAUCUAUCUCAAUAAAAUCGAAUAAUAGUAACAACAACAACGAUAUAACAGCUGAUGAUUCCACCUUCGAUAAGGACUAUGAAUUUGAUUUACUACUGAAAGAAUAUAAACCACCAACGUUUUCUUCCUCUUUCACCAAUAACACAUCAUCGAAUACUAAUUCCGUCAUAUCAUCAUAUUAUAAUUCGAUGGAUCAACUACAAUCUGAUUUAAACCAAUUACUGAUACCUUUCGAAAAUCCAAAAGAAACUGAACAAAAUUGGAAACUAAGACAAUCGAAUGUCAUUGAAAUGAAAAAUAGAAUCUUUAAUAGUAAAAACUCUUUACUGUUCCAAUCUGACUCUCAAUCUCAACCAGAUAACCUAAUGACAUUGGUAUCAAUUUUGAAAGAACUAAACUUCUUUGAUCAAAUAACGAAAAGUGCAUUAUCAUUGAGAACCUCAUUAUCAUUAAAUACAUGUCAAUUAAUUAAAGAUAUUUUGAUCCUUUUAAAUGAUACCUAUCUAACCCAACAAAUGUUGGAUCAAAUAUUUAAUAUCCUGAGGAAUUUAAUAACUUCAACAAAAAAAAUCUCUUCACAAUUCGCAUCUCACUGUUUAAUAGUCAUGAUCAUGAAUUUAAAUCAUUUCCAUAAUAAAUUCUUCCAAAAUUCUUUCGCAUUAAUUAAUGAGAAAAGUAUCUUCCCAAGAGUUAUUUCGUCCAUCUUAUUAAGAUUAAUCCUAAUUAAAUAUAAUGAUAAUGGUGACGAUAAUAUCAAUCACGAUGAUAAUAAAUCAAAAUUAGGAAAUAAUAUGGUAUACAUUGAAGAAUGGCUGAAGAAAGGUAUUACAGAUACUCAAACAAUUGUGAGAGAAUCAAUGAGAUUGACAUUUUGGUAUUACUAUAAAAGUUUCCCCUCAGAUGCCAAGAAAUUAUUAAAUAAUUCAUUUUCUAUCCAACUGAAAAAAUCAAUUGAGUUAUCAAUUCCAUCUCAUUUAAAUAUAGAUUAUUCAACUCCUUCCAAUUCAAGAAUACCGUCUAAAUCAAAGUUAUCACAGCAUGAAAAUAUAAGGAGAAGAAGAUCAAGUAUAAAUAAUAAUAAUAAUAAUAACAAUACCAAUGCACCCAAAAGUUACCCAAGUUAUGCCAAACCAACAAUGGCAUCUACUUUAUCAACCAUGAAUAGUCAGAGGAGUUCGAAAAUAAGAUCAACAAGUGAAAUAUUGUUAAGGGAUCAUACAAAGAAUAAUAACGACAGAAAUUCAAUUGAGCACAAUUAUGGUUCUAUCAAUAAUGGGGGUACUCACAAUCGUCCGAAUAAAAGGACGGUCAGUGCAGUAGUAACGAUGACGACGACGGCGACGACGACGACACAAGAACCGUCUUCGAAUCAAUUACCACCAUCUAAGAAACGAUUAUUAUCUUCUGCAUCUUCCUCUGGUGCCUCCUCAAUGGUAACUUCUCCCAAAGGGUCUAAUACUGAAACAAAUACAAAUAAUAACUAUAAAAUAGAUACUUCAAACCAUCUAGAUUUAACAGGUGAUCUUUCGAACAAUCACUCCAACACAUUACUCAAGAAAUAUAUGAAUAACAAUACAAAUGAUAAACAACAAUCGAAGAAAAAUGAAGAUUCUCAUAAGGACAGCGGUACAUUGCAACAAAUAUGUGACAGAUUUAGAACCUCGAACUCUUCCGAUGAACCGUUACAAUUAUUACAGAAUUAUUUAUUAAACUCUAAUUCCGUUUUGGAGUUGAAUAAUGAUCAAAUGAAAGAAAUACAACUUGAACUUCGAAAGAUUAUGGUCAAAAAUCCCUUUCAUUUGAAAAAUUUAUUAACUUUAUCUAAAUCAUUAGAAAUUAUUCCGCUAGGAGAUAUAAUUGAGUUAUACUCAAUCAAUAAUUUAGAGUCAAAUGAUCUACUCCAUAAAUUAUUAUCACUAGAAUCUCAUUCGUCAAUGGCAACUUUAAUCAAUACAAUACUGGAAAGAUUCGAUAGAUUAACAAACCUUUCAUAUCAUGAAGAAGAUAAUGCCAAAAAUGGUUCCAUUCUAUCCCAAGAAAUGUUGUCAUUAUAUUAUUUGAAAUAUAGAUCCAAAUUCUUCAAUUUUGCAUUCAAUUUACUAAUAAAUAUUUUCCAUGAAUUGUCUUCAAGAGGAAUUAAACAACAUCAAGUAGGGCAACAACAUAUUCCAAUAGAAAAAUUAACUCGGAAACUUUUAAGGACUUAUGGUAAUGAAUUCGAUUCUAAGGUUUACAAUAAUUUAUUAUUUGAAAUUUAUUUAUUCAAUAAAUCAAUCUUCUCCAAUAUUUUGAAAGAUUUCGAAUUGGUUUCAAUCAAAUUGAAAAUCUAUAACGAAUUGAAAACAAGAGACAAAAAUAUCUUUAAUAUCAAUGAAAUAAUGAUUAAAAAUGAACAAGUCGCAGUUGCGAAAGAAGAUCACGAUAUACUAAACGACGGUUUUGAUGAUGAUGAUGAUGACGACGAUGAAAUUAAACUUAAAAAGUACAUGGAAAUGACCAUGGUUAACCCAUUCAACAAGACAAAUAGCAACAAAAAAACCGAGAAUUAUUCUGAUCACAACAGUAAUAAUCAAAGAACUACAAGUACAAGCAGUGUCGUUAUCCACAAUGCAUCAUCCCUUGAUGAACAAACGAAUGAAUUUAUUAUGGAAAAUAAUCCAAAUAAUGAUAAUAGGAUCUCUGAAAUGACGAAAGUUAUUAGUGUUUAUCAAAAUCCAUCUAAAUCGAGAGAUAUAAAUAAACAAUUACAACAAGACGUUCAUUACGGAAAUAGUAUAGAGACGAAAAGAGACACAGGGUUAAGCGGUAUAUUCAAUCAAAAAGAAACGGAUGAUAAAGUUAAAGAUGAUCAUGAGCAUAAUGUGAAAUUUAGCAUUGACCCACCAACAAUCAUAAACGGGAAAAAUAACCGAAUAGAUAAUGCUGAAGACAUAUUAGCGGAACAAGAUUCAAAUAUCCAAAUACCUAAACCAACUUUGAAGAAAAAUUCACAAUUUGAGAAUACGUCAUCAAAAUUGAAAAAAGAAGUUUCAUUGUUUAAUGAGAAAAAAGAAAAUUAUGAGCCUUCAUCAUCAAUCGUAGAUGACGUAUUUAAGCCCAAAACGCAUACACCAUCGCUUGUGGCUCCAACUGAGAAAAAAAAAGAAAUCACAAAUAAAGAUAUAUCAAUGCCAUUGUCAUUCGUAAAUAAAUUUGAUUCAAAUUCUUUAAUUUAUUAUGAAAUUGCAUGCAUCUUAAUGAAUCCAGUCAACGAUGUAGAUGAUUUCCAAUAUUAUUUCAAGCAUAUGAUAAAGGCGAUAAAUAGGAUCAAAAGUGGUUCAUUUACAAUGAAGCAUUUGAACUAUUUGAUUGAGCCAUUGCUUAUAUAUACUAACCAUGAGGAAUUGGUGCAAUGGUUAUACAAAGAUAAUGGAUAUAAGGAACUUUUGAAAUUAUGUUGUAUGCUUUUACAAUCAACAGACGAGACGUCGUCGAUACCCAUGAAUUUAAGUUCAAAGUCAUUAAUAUUGAUCCAUAUCUUAAUUCAUUUGAAAUUUGAUAUGGAUAAUGAUAAUUAUGAGUUGACUGAAAUAUGGAAUCAUGUCGUAUUGAUGGUUAGUAAAAUGUCGGAUUAUAGUAAUGAAAUUUAUUUACUCAUUCAAGAAUUAAGAAACACUUUAGUUACGUUAGAAUUAUUCAAUUCUUCUAAAUCAGUGACAAGAAUUUUAAAUCCAUUGGUCACAGACAUCGAUGACUCAAAUAAUGGCACGAAAGAAACAUUCUUGUUAGAAACAUUAUAUGCUAUCUUAAGCAACAAGCAUUUUAUAGAAACUAUUUUGAAGAAGAAUCAGAUUACAGAGAUCAUCCAAACAAUGGUAGAUUAUACUACAUCAUCACGUACACGUUGGAGAUUUCAAAGUAUCCGGAUUAUAAAUCGAUUGUGGGAGACAAGAACGAUAACAAAUUAUGAUGAUCUCUCAAUGUUCAAUUGUUUAAAUGAAGAAACAUUAAAAUUAGCAAAAUUGUUAAAUAAUUUGUGA